GGCUCCACGAACCAGACACACCGCACCAUGGCCUCGCUCUGAGCCGCUACACACGACAGUGGUGCACGCAACGAACCGGCAUCCGUCUCCAUCGACGCCCUGAUCAUGGACCCACGGUCCAGAGGCUUUUUUCGGGGCCAUCGGAGUUGUCAGUAGUACUCCCAAAGUGCUAUAUUGUUUGAUUUUGUGCACUGGCACUUCUGCACGCCCGGGGAUUUAAACCGAAGUGACAGCAGCAGCGCUCGCCCCGGCUGCCGGUUAGCUAACGAGCUAACUAGCUAACUAGCACACGCUAAGUCACUAGCCAAGAAAAGGGCAUCACUUUGCUGUCGGAGUGAAGGACACGGAAACUACAACACAACUACUCCCAGUAACAGAGGGCUGAUCAGAGGCAGAUCCCCCGGCUUCACACCGUACACCACACUCGCCACUGAUUCCCGAAAGGCUGGCAACACAACGCCACCCUAAUGCAGAACCAUAAAAGAGCGUGAAAUGAACAAACCACCACAGCCUAUAACGGGACCCACCUCUGUCCCAAUCCCUUCCCCUUCCCCUGGAUUGACACAGGCUGCCUACGGCCCCGGACAGCCCCCUUCUCUGGUUUUUGCCACCCCUCCACCUCCACAAAUGAACUCCGCACCCCAGACAAGACAGACAUACUAUCCAAACCGACCAACCAUGGCCACCAGUGCGCCAAGAUUACAGACAAGUAGUGGCCCCAGACCUGUUGGACCUACCCAUGUCUACCCGCCCAGCUCCCAGAUGAUGAUGAUUUCCCAGCAGCAGCUGUCUUUCGCUGGAUCCCCUCAGGGCUACUUCAUCCCCCCUCCUGGACAGUACCGGGCCCCAUACAUGCCUCCAACUCAGCAGUAUCCUGUGACCACCGGUACAGCUGGUUUCUAUCCGGGAACCAGCCCGGCUGAAUACACCGCUUAUGCAGGAGCAUAUUAUCCUGCUCAGCCACAGUACUCUCCGGCUGUCCAGGCCGCACCGGUCAUGAUCAACCCGCCCCAGCAACAGCAACAAGCCCCGCCUCCUCAGCAGCAGCAGCAGCCGCCGGCACAGGCACAGGCACAAGGCCCACUAAAGAGGGAACGCAAACCGGUAAUAAGAAUACGAGACCCCAACCAGGGCGGGCGUGAUAUCACAGAGGAGAUAAUGUCAGGUGGAAGGUCCACCACCACACCGACUCCCCCACAGGCCUCCAUAGCAGAUUUGAGUCCUCCACAGACCAAUGGUGAAGUUGUACAGCCUGUCGCUACAGUGGCAAGACAAGAUGAUAACAUGGAGCCUGCUGUUAGCGCUGACACCCCUCCACCUCCUGCCACAGCAGACACAGAGCCUGUGCUGGAGGCCAAACAGGAAGUGGACAGCCAGAUGCCGGUGUCUGCUGAAUCAGAUGCACAAUCUGUAGCCCCCACAGCUGCUACUGAGGAUCCAUCCCCAUUGAUAAAGGACAAGCAGUCUCCCUCUUCCCUCCCUCCUGUAGUAGCAUCUAUUACAACUACUACUCCUUCUGAGGCAGUAACUAAAGACGUUACUAAAGUCAGUGACACAGUCGAUGCUCCUGUCAGCCCUUCAGCAUCAGUAGCAGCACAAGAGGCACCUGUCAUACAAGAGGAACCACAGGCUGCCCCAGCUCCACCUGAGAAGGCACCAGAGGAGGAAGAAAAGACAACACAGGAAGUGAAGAAAGUUGAAAAAGAGGAGCAGGUGGCUAGUUCCAAGGUGAAGCCUGUAGUUGAAGAUGCAGCGAUAGUUACCCCUGUUAAAGUGGCAAAAGAAGAAGCUGUGACAAAAGAAGAAGCCGUGACAAAAGAAGAAGCCGUGACAAAAGCGUCCACUGAAAUGUCUCAGCCUCCACCCUCUGUACAGGAACAUGCUAUUCCACAGACCCAGAGCGCUGUCCUCAACUCUGCACCUGUACCUGAACCCAAACCUGAACCCAUACCUGAACCCGAACCUACUCCGGCUGUAACAGCAGAGCCUCUCCUGUCCAACGGUCUUCCUCAGAACGUUGAGGAACUGUCUGAGGAUGUUGCGCUUUCAGACACUACAUCCCUUGACAAGCCCGAUGCCUCUCAAUCUCAGGAAUCCACACCUGUAGCUAAAAUGGCAGCACCAACCCAGGAAGAGGAGGUGGAGGAGAAGGUGGAAGAGGAGAAGGUGGAAGAGGAGAAGGUGGAAGAGGAGAAGGAGGAAGAGGAGAAGGAGAAAAUUGAGGAUGUCCCUCCUGCCCCUAUCAGCUGCCCUGCAGAGGAAUCUACUAUGCAAGCUGCUACGUCUCUGCCAAAGAAGAGGAGGAACAUGAAGGAGAUCAACAAAAAGGAGGCCAUUGGAAACCUCCUGGAUGCAUUCACAGAUGAGCAGGAGCCCAAGCCUGCUUCUGAACCUGUGCCCACUCCGGCCGACCCUGUCCCUGUUGCCCCAGCUGAACCUCCUGCUGAGGUCGUAGAUGAGACUUGGGAAGAGCAAGAGGACAAACAGAACUCGGUACCUGACAAGCCCAAAGCCAGCCCGGAGACAACUGAGCAGAAAUACCAGUACAAAGAAGAACAAUGGAAACCGAUAAACCCAGAAGAGAAGAAGCAGUACGACAGGGAUUUCCUCCUGGGCUUCCAGUUCAUCAGCGCCAGUAUGAACAAACCUGAGGGUCUGCCCACCAUCAGUGAUGUGGUCCUGGACAAGGUGAACAAGACUCCUAUGCGACCUGUUGACCCAGCUCGACUAAUUAACGUUGGUCCUGAUUUUACUCCCUCAUAUUUGGGGAAUCUUGGCAGCAGAUCAGUGGGAGGACAGGGAGGACAGGGUGGACAGGGAGGACCACGAGGCCCACCUCCUGGGCCACGUCGCUCCCAGCAGGGUCAGCGUAAAGAACCUAGGAAAAUCAACAUCAGCAGCAUGUCCUUCAAUGAUGACGUGCAACUCAACAAGGCUGAGAAGGCCUGGAAGCCAUCAGUGAAGAAGUCCACUCGAAGCCGCGUUGAAGAGCCAACCGAAGAGGAUGACACUGAACAGGGCAAGACCCGGGAGCUGUUCAAGCGUCUGCGCAGUAUCCUCAACAAGUUGACUCCUCAGAAGUUCCAGGAGCUGAUGAAGCAGGUGACGGAUCUGGCGAUAGACACGGAGGAGAGGCUGAAAGGAACCAUUGACCUCAUCUUUGAGAAGGCCAUCUCAGAGCCCAACUUCUCUGUGGCCUACGCCAAUAUGUGCCGCUGCCUUAUGGGAUUGAAAGUCCCCACUUCGGACAAGCCAGGAGCUUUUGCCAACUUCCGUAAACUGCUGCUUAACCGCUGUCAGAAAGAGUUUGAGAAGGACCAGGAUGAUGAUGAGAUCUUUGAGAAGAAGCAGAAAGAGAUGGAGGCUUCCAAAGAUGAUGAAGAGCGUGAGCGCAUGAGAGUGGCGCUGAAUGAUGCCAGAGACCAGGCCCGCCGGCGCUCACUGGGAAACAUAAAGUUCAUAGGCGAGCUCUUCAAGCUGAAGAUGCUGACUGAGGCCAUCAUGCACGACUGUGUAGUGAAACUUCUAAAGAAUCACGACCAAGAGUCUCUGGAGUGUCUCUGCAGGCUGUUCUCCACUAUUGGAAAAGAUCUGGACUUUGAAAAGGCCAAGCCUCGUAUGGAUCAGUAUUUUAACCAGAUGGACAAGAUCAUCAAAGAGAAAAAGACUUCAUCCAGAAUUCGCUUCAUGCUGCAAGACGUCCUGGACCUCAGAAAGUGCAACUGGGUGCCUCGCCGAGGAGAACAGGGUCCUAAAACAAUUGACCAAAUUCACAAGGAGGCGGAGAUGGAGGAGCACAGGGAACACAUCAAAGUGCAGCAGCUCAUCUCCAAGGGAGGUGGAGGAGGAGGUGGAGGCAGGAUGGGAGGGGACAGGGGGGGAGGGGACAGGGGGGGCCGAGGGUCUCACACACCAGGAGGUGGCCGGAAUAACCCGCCUCAGGAUGAGGGAUGGAACACGGUGCCCAUCUCCAAGAACAGACCUAUCGACACCAGCCGCCUUAGCAAGAUCACCAAGCCCGGUGCUCUGGACUUCAACCUCACAAUGUUGGCUCCAGGGGGCAAAAGCCUUGCCGGCAGCUGGGGCAAAGGCAGCAGUGGAGGAACUGGAGCUAAACCAGCCAUUGGAGAGCAAGAUUCUGCUCGUCCAGCUCCCAGCACCAACCGAUUUUCUGCCCUGCAGUCUGGUUCUUCGGUGUCUGCAUCCGACUCCGAUCGCAGAGCUCCUCAGAGGUCAAGCUCCAGUCGUGAUCGCGGCGGAGACGGGGGCGAGAAGGAUCGCUUUAAUCGCAACGAGGGACGGGAAGGUCGUGACGACAGGAGCAACAGUAACCAAAUCUCAAAGAGAAGCUUCAGCAGAGAGUCGCAGGACCGCGGAGGAAGGGCUGGAGACAGCCGGACCCCGACCGACCCCCUGCGUCGCGUCGCCAGCAUGACUAACGACAGGGACAGAGGAAGUCGGGACAGGGGAAGCAGAGACCGAGGAAGUCGGGACAGGGGAAGCAGAGACCGAGGGAGUCGGGACAGGGUUCCAAGCCAAGAUCUCACAGCUAAGCGUGAGAGCGCCCCCACUCCUCCGCCUUCUCUCCCUAAACCUACUUUAACUGAGGAGGAGUUGGAGAAGAAGGCAAAUGCCAUCGUUGAAGAAUACCUCCACAUUAAUGACUUGAAGGAGGCGCUGCAGUGUGUGGUAGAGCUCGACAGUGCCUCGCUGCUCUACGUGUUUGUGCGGACCGGCGUGGAGUCGACGCUGGAGCGCAGCACAAUCGCUAGAGAGCGCAUGGGCCACUUGCUGCAGCAACUUGUAAAGGCAGGGACAUUGCCCACACCGCAGUUAUACAAAGGGCUAGAAGAGAUCCUGGAGGCAGCCGAAGACAUGGCCAUAGAUAUACCUCACAUAUGGCUCUACCUGGCUGAGCUCCUCACCCCCCUGCUCCACGAGGGAGGCAUCCCUAUGGGACAGCUCUUCAGGGAGAUCUCAAAGCCUCUCCUCCCUCAGGGGAAGGCUGCUGUGCUGCUGGUUCAGAUCCUCAAGCUGCUCUGCGACGGAAUGACCCCUAAGAAGGUCGGGGCCAUGUGGACAGAGGACGGGCUGAGCUGGAGUGACUUCUUGCCCAAGGACGAGGACGUCAACGAGUUUGUCACUGAGCAGAAGAUGGAUUUCACCACAGGAGAAAUGACGGCGUCAGUGGAAGAGGGUGUAAAGAAAGCCCUGAGUGGAGAAGAGCUCAGUAAACAGCUGGACAGACUCCUCGAGGAAAAGGCCAACAACCAGCGCAUCGGGGACUGGGUCGAGGCCAACUUGGACGAGCCGCAGGCGACUUCCAACCAGUUUUUAAGAGCAUUGAUGACAGCAGUGUGCCAGUCCGCCAUCAUAUGUGACAACCCGUACAGGGUGGAUCCAAGUCAGAUCAAACAGAGAGCCAGUCUUCUGCAGAAGUACCUGUCUGACGAGCAGAAAGAGCUGCAGGCCCUGUGCGCCCUCCAGGCUCUGAUGGUGCACAUGGAGCAGCCUGCGAACCUGCUGCGGAUGUUCUUCGACGCCUUGUACGAUGAGGACGUCAUUAAAGAAGAGGCCUUCUAUACGUGGGAAACGAGCAAAGACCCGGCGGAGCAGACGGGCAAAGGUGUGGCCUUGAAGUCCGUCACCGCCUUCUUCACCUGGCUCCGCGAGGCAGAGGAGGAGUCUGACAAGGAAUAAAAGAGUGAACUGAAUGCUGCCACGCCCCCCUUUGGCUAGGUGGUGGCUCUGCAGGCGGCUCUGGAGAGUUGUGGACAAUAUUGCCAGAGAGGCAGACUCAAAUCAAUCCUCAGUGAGGAUAAAUCUUUAUUAUUAUUUUUUUUCCUUUCAUGGAGGGUGGACUUGGAAAACAAUCAUUUCUCUCGACCCUCCCCCUCUUGCUUCCUCAUUAUGUCCUCACCUGCUUGUCACAGCAAGUGUCCUAAUCUAAUAAACUUGAAAACUGAUACAUCAGGAUUGGUGGUUAACAAGGUGUGAACUAUCCCACAUCACUACGAACCUCUUUAGGCACAAUAAUACAAACAGACAGGCUGCUUUUCUAUGGUUCUAGAUAAUACUGACGCCUAACAUCCUAUCUGAUCUGCGAGAAUAAACAGCAGGGCAUGUGGUGUCGUGGGUUUCCCUGAUACAUGGAUAUCAUCUUGCCAUAACGUGUGUUCAAUCCAGACACAGCUCUUCUAUCUCUUUGUCCCUUACUGGAGUGUGCAGCAUGACUGAAGUGUGUUUCUAUUAACUAUACAGAAGACGAAAUGUACAUUGAACUAAUCUUGAUUUGAUGGAUGGAGUUUUUAAAGCAUAGGUUGUCUAUUUUCUCUUCCUGCUUCCUAGAACUUAAAGAGGACAGAAUGGUGGAGGACUGGUGUUGACCUUUGACUACUAGGGGGUGGUCUUAAUGCUUCCUCUAAGCCAUCCUCACCCAUCCCCAGUAGUGAACCACACUGACUGACUCCUCAUCUUUACCUCUUCUGUACUUAAACCUGAGCUGUCGUAAAGGACACUUAAUGACCCCAAUCACCGUUAAAACUUGAACUCGACAGAAAAUUGACUUGAUGGAAUAUAUCAAGUUAAAAGAAAAACAAAAAAAAAUAAUACCCACAGAAACGAUCCGAAAGCCUUUUCUACUUAAAGUGGAAAUACAUUUCAGGAGCGUUCUGUAAAUACAUAAUAAUAAUAAAAAACUUUUUUUUUCCCAGUUUUAUUUUUCAGAAACAAUAAAUUGCUGAUAUAAUUGCAGUGUAUCCCUUUUCCAACAGCAGUUGUCCAGAUGCAGAGGUGCUUUAGAUAAUCCAUUGAUUAUUAGUUUUAUUGGAAUUUUGUAAAUAUUGUUGCUUUCUUUAUUUAAGAAAUUAUGCUUCUUUUGCAUCUGAAACUGGAAAGAUGAGGUAACGGAACAUUGCAAAUAAAGGACUUAUUAAGUUGCA